GUUGGCCCGGAUCGUUGAUGUCAAAUGUCCGUUGAUUGGUCAAAGGCUUUUUUGGGAACCAAUCAUUAACUGUGUAAAGUAGAAAUCUCCCUCUUUCAGUUUAUUUACAAAUGGCUGACUCGCGUUUGACGCAGGCCUUUUUUUAGUAUCGAAUCAUGAGUCAGUUUCAGACUGCUUGUUAUUAAAAACAGCUCCGUUUGAUUUCGUCUUAAAGUGAUCUUUGUCAUGGAAGAGCCGUGUCCAGGUGUGUGCUCUGAUGCAGGGGACAGCGACAACGCGGCAGACGUGGCUGCUUCUGCCCCCAGUUUGAGCCGAACCCCCGAGGCAGACGGAGAGGAAGUGUCCCAACAGCCGACCUCCAACAAACAAAGCCCAGCGUCACCGUCAGCGUGCUCCGAUGUGUCAGGUGUCACAGAGACAGAGUCUGCUUGUCUCGCCGAUGAGCACGGUUUCCCCGCUAGACUGGCAGAUGGUGAUGUAGGGGAAGACGCGAGCGCCGAUUGUUUUGACUUUGGAGCGUGUGCUGGGAGCCAGGAUAUGGCGUCUGCUCCUGUGGAGAGCUUCGAAAACAUUUGUUCUGAUCACAAAGAAUGCCUGCCGGUGGCUGAAGGGAAGGAUUCCGAGCAUCGAGAUGGAGACGUGCACAUGGUAGAGUCCAAUCCCUCAGGGAAAGCUGACCACGACGAGAAGCUAGGUGGCUCGCGGUCGGAAUCUCCGGCUCAGGAGAUGAAUGUCGAGGGUCAGGGUCAAGGUCAGUGCGAGUGUGGUGAAGACCCUGCUGUCCUGAAGAUGGUGGGAUGCGAGGAGGAGAUGGUGGGUUGCGUGAGAGGGUCAUGCGACGUGCCUGAUGAGAAACCAGAGGAGACCUGGGGCCAAUCCUCAGCCUGGAGCCCUCCGUAUGAAGGCGGUCUGAGGUUGGACCAGCUCCAUGACGACGUCAUCUUCCACAUCGCCGUGUUCCUCGAGGCCAGGGUCGUCCGCGACUCCCUCAGCAAGGUGUGCCUUCGCUUCCUGGAGAUGUUCGACAACGAGGCAUAUUGGAAGUCGAGGGUGUUUCUUCGCUGCCACAAGCCUUACCCUGCUGUUGUGUCUGCCUCAGACUUCAGCUGGGUGGACGCGUGUGUGGCGAGGGAAGACAGUUACCACACGUGGCGAGACUGGUCCAGGAACACGCGUCACUUCCUGUACGGCCAUAACGUCAAUGGAGAGGUGGACGCCGUGCAUCUCAUGAAGGAGGGUCGGCUUUUGGCGUCUGGCGAUCGCAACCGCUUCCUGAACAUUGUGGAUCUUGCCAAGUGGGACGACUCGCCAGGCGUACAGCCAGACAAACAGAUGGCAGACAUGUUGGUUCACUCCGACAUCAGCCACGGGGGCUGGAUCUGGAGCAUGGCCUCGGUGGGAGACACGCUCAUCACGGGAUCGUGGGACACGCACGUGCGCAUGUUUGAUUUGGCGGCCGGCUGCGCACAAGCUCAAAGCUUCAAGUGCAAGUCGGCCGUCCUGUGUCUGUACGCGGAGGAGAAGGAAGUGGUGGCCAGUUGCUUCAAGGAGGUGGCGUUCUUUGACCGGCGCUCGUCCGCGCUCAAGAUGAGAAUCUUCCACACCAAGCCGGUGCUGAGUGUGGUGGGCAACGGGCAGUUCAUUGUGUCCGGCAGCGAGGACAAGUCCAUCGUGGUGUUUGACCGCACGGCCGGGAAGAUCUUCACCACGCUCAAGACGUACGAUGUGUCCCACAAGGACAAACUAACGGGUGUGGUGGCCACACUGGGCGCGACCUUCACCUGCUCGGGAGACAAGAGUGUCAAGGUCAUAGAACCCACGCGGGAGCCAGAGGUCAUCGCCUCGCUGGACGUGCACACCAAGGAAGUGGCCAAGAUUGACUACAACAGCGGGGUCCUGGCAAGUGCCGGCGGGGACGAGUGUGUGGGUGUCUGGCUGCCGGAUCACUGGGACGCACGGAGCUUCCGACAUCUGCUGUGAGGAGAGACAAAUCUGCUCAAGGAUUCCAGCGUCCCGGGGGAAGGUUUGAGUACAGGGGCACGCAAACACGAUCAAACGAACAAAAUUAUGGGCGGUUGUUUUUUGGAGGUUUUUAUAUUUUAAAAGAAGUCCAGUGUGCUUUGUGUCUGGAUACGAUACAAUCAGGCGCUUGUCGGUGUCUGGCCAUGUAGAGAUAGCGGUAUGUUCUGGACGCCUGUUUUGUUGUCUUGCUUUGGAUGAAAUCAGUUGCCGUCUGUCUGGAAUAAAAGUGGUGAUAAUUGUGGUUGAAGGUGGGGGCUCGCUGGGUGUCCAAGGUACAAUUAUUGAGAAAAUGGCUGCUCAAGUCUGGUCAUUUCCAGAGCUGGAAUUUUCUGCAGAAAGAACAAAUGUUUGUUUGUUGUGAAUUUGAUGGACAUAUUUCAGCAAAACCCACACAGAAAUGUGUUUUUCCAUGGGUGUUUAUGGUAUUGAGCACAAAAACACCCAAGCGUUCACUGAAGAUUGCCCAUCUGUCGGAAACUUGUUGGUUUCUUCUAUUCCGUUUUUGUGACAAGCGCCCGAUUUACCACGAUACCAUUCAGUUGUUUUUUCCAUAAUACCAUCUCAAAAAGUGAUUUUAGUGGACAGUUUCUGCUGCCGUAUUUUUAUUGUGGUUUGUGAGGCUGUGUGUGUGUGGGUUUGUGGUGUGUGGGGGUGU